AUGGGUCGAUGCUUGGAAGGAGAAACACACACAAAUACAUACGACCACAAGGGUACACGUUUAAGAAUCAGUAAGUCGGAAGCAAUGAUCAAACUCGCCGGCUACAAUCAAGGUUUGUUGAACCAAAUUGACGACGUCCCUGCAUCAGCAGCCCGUUCUUCGCAGCUAGUCGCAAAUGUGGUCGAGAGUCGUCACCACUUGGGCGUCAAUAUCUGUGUACAAAUCAGAAUGCUCAAUGCUUGGACAGGUGCGCAAGUUUUCUUUCAAGUACCCUAA